AUGAUUUCAUCAGGCCAUUUAACCUUUUGAACAUUUCAAUGGUUGUAAUAACAAACAUGUACAUAGCUAUUGGCCUGUGUGGUUAUUUAGAUCAACAAGAUGAACCGRUAAUCAUGCCGACUAUCAGGUGCCAGACAAUCGUCAAGUCGUGUGUGGCCGUGAACGUCACGUUGUUUCACCGAGAAUUUAAUAUAGAGUCCACAUUAUUGUGGGUAUCGUCUAUAAAGCUGGCGACAGUGAAAAGCGAUACUAAAAAGAGUCAACCACCGUCUACUGUGUAUUACUCGCCGUCAAUGAUUGCGGGAUUGACUGCCUUCACCAAAAUAUUAUUCACGUUGUGUUCGGUUUUAGUUACCAUCGCAGUCGCGUCACCGGCCACCAGCGGAUUCCAGGUGAUCAUGGGGCUCAUCGGAUACCUGGGUAACACGUGCAACAUGUUGAUCUACCCGUACAUCGUCGAAUUGUGCGUGACACAUGCCCUGCACGGUAUGUCGAMCAGGCCGUAUGUGAUUGCCAAGGACGUCUGUUUCGUCCUUUUGGGUUUGACGGUGUUCGCGUGCGGUACGUCCGCGCUCGUAAUUCGUAUAAUUCACGGUGGCGACUGAAAACGGUUGCACCUCUGCGAUAGUUAUACGUGGCCAUUAGGUUGGAUGUACCGAACGGCGCGAGCAUCGAAAAACUAAGGACGACGUUAAACAUAUCCUUGGGGAUCACGCACGGUCUGGUCUACAUAGGCCGUGUAUUAGAGCACCUUAAAUGCUAUUAUUAUUAUUUUUUUUUUUUUCAUUAAAUUGACAGAAGAAAGCUAUUUAUUGUAACGAUAAAACAUGUAAAGAUCUUUAAAUAAUAUAAAUA